CCCAGGAGCCCUGGGGAAGCGGGACUCGCGCCGGGCGGGGCUUCCCUGCGACCCGGCGCCCCGCGGGCAGCAUGCCCCUGCGGGCAGGGGGAGCUGGGCUGAACUGGCCCUCCCGGGGGCUCAGCCUGCGCCCUAGAGCCCCCCAGAUGCGCCCCCGCCGGGGCCCCCCGGUUGCGUGAGGACACCUCCUCUGAGGGGCGCCGCUCGCCCCUCUCGAGACCGCCCGGGGCCCCGGCUGGCCAGAGGAUGGACGAGGAGGAGGAUGGAGCGGGCACCGAGGACUCAGGACAGCCCCGGAGCUUCAUGCGGCUCAACGACCUGUCCGGGGCCGGGGGCCGGCCGGGGCCGGGAUCGGCGGAAAAGGACCCGGGCAGCGCGGACUCCGAGGCGGAGGGGUUGCCGUACCCGGCGCUGGCCCCGGUGGUUUUCUUCUACUUGAGCCAGGACAGCCGCCCGCGGAGCUGGUGCCUCCGCACGGUCUGUAACCCCUGGUUUGAGCGCAUCAGCAUGUUGGUCAUUCUUCUCAACUGUGUGACCCUGGGCAUGUUCCGGCCAUGUGAGGACAUCGCCUGCGACUCGCAGCGUUGCCGGAUCCUGCAGGCCUUUGACGACUUCAUCUUUGCCUUCUUCGCUGUGGAGAUGGUGGUGAAGAUGGUGGCCUUGGGCAUCUUUGGGAAAAAGUGUUACCUGGGAGACACUUGGAACCGCCUGGACUUUUUCAUCGUCAUUGCAGGGAUGCUGGAGUAUUCGCUGGACCUGCAGAAUGUCAGCUUCUCAGCUGUCAGGACAGUCCGUGUGCUGCGACCGCUCAGGGCCAUUAACCGGGUGCCCAGCAUGCGCAUCCUUGUCACGCUGCUGCUGGACACGCUGCCCAUGCUGGGCAAUGUCCUGCUGCUCUGCUUCUUCGUCUUCUUCAUCUUCGGCAUCGUUGGCGUCCAGCUGUGGGCAGGGCUCCUUCGGAACCGUUGUUUCCUGCCGGAGAAUUUCAGCCUCCCCCUGAGCGUGGACCUGGAGCGCUACUACCAGACGGAGAAUGAGGACGAGAACCCCUUCAUCUGCUCCCAGCCUCGGGAGAACGGCAUGCGCUCGUGCAGGAGCGUGCCCACGCUGCGCGGGGAGGGCGGUGGCGGCCCGCCCUGCGGCCUGGACUAUGAGGCCUACAACAGCUCCAGCAACACCACCUGUGUCAACUGGAACCAGUACUACACCAACUGCUCCGCAGGGGAGCACAACCCCUUCAAGGGCGCCAUCAACUUCGACAACAUCGGCUACGCCUGGAUUGCCAUCUUCCAGGUCAUCACGCUGGAGGGCUGGGUCGACAUCAUGUACUUCGUGAUGGAUGCUCAUUCCUUCUACAACUUCAUCUACUUCAUCCUCCUCAUCAUCUUCUCAGAGACCAAGCAGCGGGAAAGCCAGCUGAUGCGGGAGCAGCGCGUGCGGUUCCUGUCCAAUGCCAGCACCCUGGCCAGCUUCUCGGAGCCGGGCAGCUGUUAUGAGGAGCUGCUCAAGUACUUGGUGUACAUCCUCCGGAAAGCGGCCCGCAGGCUGGCCCAGGUCUCCCGGGCGGCCGGUGUGCGGGCCGGGCUGCUGAGUAGCCCGGUGCCACGCGGAGGCCAGGAGCCCCAACCCGGCGGCAGCUGCUCUCGCUCCCACCGCCGUCCGUCUGUCCACCACCUCGUGCACCACCACCACCACCAUCACCACCACUACCACCUGGGCAACGGGACGCUGCGGGCCCCCCGGGCCAGCCCGGAGAUCCAGGACAGGGAUGCCAAUGGGGCCCGCCGGCUCAUGCUGCCGCCGCCUUCAACACCCGCCCUCUCCGGGGGCCCCCCGGGGGGCGCAGAGUCUGUACACAGCUUCUACCACGCCGACUGCCACUUGGAGCCGGUCCGCUGUCAGGCACCCCCUCCCAGAUCACCGUCCGAAGCGUCGGGCAGGACUGUGGGCAGCGGGAAGGUGUACCCCACUGUGCACACCAGCCCUCCACCAGAGAUGCUGAAGGAGAAAGCACUUGUGGAGGUGGCCCCCACCUCCGGACCCCCCACCCUCACCAGCCUCAACAUCCCGCCCGGGCCCUACAGCUCCAUGCACAAGCUGCUAGAGACACAGAGCACAGGCACCUGCCAAAGCUCUUGCAAGAUCUCCAGCCCUUGCUUGAAGGCGGACAGUGGAGCCUGUGGUCCAGACAGCUGCCCCUACUGUGCCCGGGCGGGGGCGGGGCAGGUGGAGCUCGCCGGCCAUGAGAUGCCUGACUCAGACAGCGAGGCGGUUUACGAGCUCACGCAAGACGCCCAGCACGGUGAUCUCCGGGACCCUCACAGCCGGCACCGACAGAGCCUGGGGCUGGACGCAGAGCCCAACUCUGUGCUGGCCUUCUGGAGGCUGAUCUGUGACACUUUCCGAAAGAUCGUGGACAGCAAGUAUUUUGGCCGGGGAAUCAUGAUUGCUAUUCUGGUCAACACACUGAGCAUGGGCAUCGAGUACCACGAACAGCCCGAGGAACUCACCAACGCCCUGGAAAUCAGCAAUAUCGUGUUCACCAGCCUCUUUGCCCUGGAGAUGCUACUGAAGCUGCUCGUGUACGGUCCCUUUGGCUACAUCAAGAACCCCUACAACAUUUUCGAUGGCGUCAUUGUCGUCAUCAGCGUGUGGGAGAUCGUGGGCCAGCAGGGGGGCGGCCUGUCGGUGCUGCGGACCUUCCGCCUGAUGCGGGUGCUGAAGCUGGUGCGCUUCCUGCCGGCGCUGCAGCGGCAGCUCGUGGUGCUUAUGAAGACCAUGGACAACGUGGCCACCUUCUGCAUGCUGCUCAUGCUCUUCAUCUUCAUCUUCAGCAUCCUGGGCAUGCAUCUCUUCGGCUGCAAGUUUGCAUCUGAACGGGAUGGGGACACGCUGCCAGACCGGAAGAAUUUUGACUCCCUGCUCUGGGCCAUUGUCACCGUCUUUCAGAUCCUGACCCAGGAGGACUGGAACAAGGUGCUCUACAAUGGAAUGGCCUCCACGUCAUCCUGGGCCGCUCUUUAUUUCAUCGCCCUCAUGACCUUCGGCAACUAUGUGCUCUUUAAUCUGCUUGUCGCCAUCCUGGUGGAGGGCUUCCAGGCAGAGGAAAUCAGCAAACGGGAAGAUGCGAGUGGACAGUUAAGCUGUAUUCAGCUGCCUGUCGACUCCCAGGGGGGAGAUGCCACCAAGUCUGAAUCAGAGCCCGAUUUCUUCUCGCCCAGCCUGGAUGGCGAUGGGGACAGGAAGAAGCACUUGGCCUUGGUGUCCCUGGGAGAGCACCCGGAGCUGCGGAGGAACCUGUUGCCACCGCUCAUCAUCCACACAGCCGCCACACCCAUGUCACUACCCAAGAGUUCCAGCACCGGCCUGGCCGAGGCGCUGGGCCCUGCCUCCCGCCGCACCAGCAGCAGCGGGUCUGCUGGGCCAGGGGCGGCCCACGAGAUGAAGUCACCGCCAAGUGCCCGCAGCUCCCCGCACAGCCCCUGGAGCGCGGCCAGCAGCUGGGCCAGCAGGCGCUCCAGCCGGAACAGCCUGGGCCGAGCCCCCAGCCUGAAGCGGAGGAGCCCGAGCGGGGAACGGCGCUCCCUGCUGUCGGGCGAGGGCCGGGAGAGCCAGGACGAGGAGGAGAGCUCUGAGGAGGAGAGAGCCAGCCCAGCAGGCAGUGAUCGUCACCACACGGGCUCCCUGGAGCGGGAGGCCAAGAGCUCCUUUGACCUGCCGGACACGCUGCAGGUGCCCGGACUGCACCGCACAGCCAGCGGCCGCAGCUCGGCCUCUGAGCACCAGGACUGCAAUGGCAAAUCAGCUUCGGGGCGCCCGGCCCGGGCACAGCGGUCUGAUGACCCCCCACUGGAUGGGGACGAUGGCGAUGAUGAGGGCAACCUGAGCAGAAGGGAGCGGAUGAGAGUGUGGAUCCGAGCCCGGCUGCCCGCCUGCUGCCAGGAGCGAGACUCCUGGUCUGCCUACGUCUUCUCUCCUCAGUCCAGGUUCCGCCUCUUGUGCCACAGAAUCAUCACCCACAAGAUGUUCGACCAUGUGGUCCUUGUCAUCAUCUUCCUCAACUGCAUUACCAUCGCCAUGGAGCGUCCUAAGAUCGACCCCCACAGCGCUGAACGCAUCUUCCUGACCCUCUCCAAUUACAUCUUUACUGCAGUCUUUCUGGCAGAGAUGACCGUGAAGGUGGUAGCGCUGGGCUGGUGCUUUGGGGAGCAGGCGUACCUGCGUAGCAGCUGGAACGUUCUCGACGGGCUGCUGGUGCUCAUCUCCAUCAUCGACAUCCUGGUGUCCAUGGUCUCCGACAGCGGCACCAAGAUCCUGGGCAUGUUGAGGGUGCUGAGGCUGCUGAGGACCCUGCGCCCACUCAGGGUCAUUAGCCGGGCCCAGGGGCUGAAGCUGGUCGUGGAGACGCUGAUGUCCUCACUGAAGCCCAUCGGCAACAUCGUGGUCAUCUGCUGUGCCUUCUUCAUCAUUUUUGGCAUCCUGGGGGUGCAGCUCUUCAAAGGGAAGUUCUUCGUGUGCCAGGGCGAGGACACCAGGAACAUCACCAACAAGUCUGACUGCGCUGAAGCCAGUUACCGGUGGGUUCGGCACAAAUACAACUUUGACAACCUCGGCCAGGCCCUGAUGUCCCUGUUUGUGCUGGCCUCCAAGGACGGCUGGGUGGACAUCAUGUACGACGGGCUGGAUGCCGUGGGCGUGGACCAACAGCCCAUCAUGAACCACAACCCCUGGAUGCUGCUAUACUUCAUCUCGUUCCUGCUCAUUGUGGCCUUCUUUGUCCUGAACAUGUUUGUGGGCGUGGUGGUGGAGAAUUUCCACAAGUGUCGGCAGCACCAGGAGGAGGAGGAGGCCCGGCGGCGGGAGGAGAAGCGGCUGCGGAGACUGGAGAAAAAGAGAAGGAAUCUAAUGCUGGACGAUGUAAUUGCUUCCGGCAGCCCAUCCAGCGCGGCGCCAGAGGCCCAGUGCAAACCCUACUAUUCAGACUACUCUCGAUUCCGGCUCAUCGUCCAUCACAUGUGCACCAGCCAUUACCUGGAUCUCUUCAUCACGGGUGUCAUUGGGCUGAACGUAGUCACCAUGGCCAUGGAGCACUACCAGCAGCCCCAGAUCCUGGAUGAGGCCCUGAAGAUCUGCAACUAUAUCUUUACCAUCAUCUUUGUGUUGGAGUCAGUCUUCAAACUCGUGGCCUUUGGCUUUCGUCGGUUCUUCCAGGACAGGUGGAACCAGCUGGACCUGGCCAUCGUGCUGCUGUCCAUCAUGGGCAUCACGCUGGAGGAGAUCGAGGUCAAUGCCUCGCUGCCCAUCAACCCCACCAUCAUCCGCAUCAUGAGGGUGCUACGCAUCGCCCGAGUGCUGAAGCUGCUGAAGAUGGCGGUGGGCAUGCGGGCGCUGCUGGAUACAGUCAUGCAGGCCCUGCCUCAGGUGGGGAACCUGGGACUUCUCUUCAUGUUGUUGUUUUUCAUCUUUGCAGCUCUGGGCGUGGAGCUCUUUGGAGACCUGGAGUGUGAUGAGACGCACCCCUGCGAGGGCCUGGGCCGGCAUGCCACUUUUCGGAACUUUGGCAUGGCCUUCCUUACCCUCUUCCGAGUCUCCACGGGGGACAACUGGAACGGCAUUAUGAAGGACACCCUCCGGGACUGCGACCAGGAGUCCACCUGCUACAACACGGUCAUCUCCCCCAUCUACUUCGUGUCCUUCGUGCUGACAGCCCAGUUCGUGCUGGUCAACGUGGUGAUCGCUGUGCUGAUGAAGCACCUGGAGGAGAGCAACAAGGAGGCCAAAGAGGAGGCCGAGCUGGAGGCCGAGCUGGAGCUGGAGAUGAAGACACUUAGCCCUCAGCCCCACUCACCUCUGGGCAGCCCCUUCCUCUGGCCUGGGGUAGAGGGCCCCGAAAGCCCCAAGCCCACCGCGGCCUCACGCCUCUCCCUGGAGCACCCCACGGACAGACAGCUGUUUGACACCAUAUCCCUGCUGAUCCAGGGCUCCCUGGAGGGGGAGCUGAAGCUGAUGGACGAGCUGGCGGGCCCUGGGGGCCAGGCCUCUGCCUUGCCUCCCGCCCGCAGCCUGGGCGGCUCCGACCCGCAGAUCCCUCUAGCUGAGAUGGAGGCUCUGUCUCUGACGUCAGAGAUUGUGUCUGAACCGUCCUGCUCUCUAGCUCUGACGGAUGACUCUUUGCCUGAUGACACUCACACACUCUUACUUAGUGCCCUGGAGAGCAAUAUAAAGCCCCACCCUGAGGAAGUGCCCCUGGCACUGGGACCAGACCUGCUGACUGUGCGGAAAUCUGGAGUCAGCCGGACGCACUCUCUGCCCAACGACAGCUACAUGUGCCGGGAUGGGAGCACCGCCAAGGGGUCCCCAGGACGCAGAAGCUGGGGACUCCCCAAAGCUCAGUCAGGCUCCAUCUUGUCUGUCCACUCCCAGCCAGCAGACACCAGCUAUGUCCUGCAGCUUCCCAAAGACACACCCCACCUGCUCCAGCCCCACAGCGCCCCCACCUGGGCCACCAUCCCCAAACUGCCCCCCCCAGGCCGCUCCCCUUUGUCUCAGAGGCCACUAAGGCGCCAGGCAGCAAUAAGGACCGAUUCCCUGGACGUUCAGGGCCUGGGCAGCCGGGAAGACCUGCUGUCUGCGGUGAGUGGGCCCUCCCCACCUCUGGCCCGGGCCUCCUCUUUCUGGGGCCACUUGGGCACCCAGGUGCCCCAGCAUCCCCACCGCCAGAGCAAGACCUCGAAGCACACGCCCCCGCCAGCCCCCUGCCCAGGCUCAGAGCCCACCUGCAGCAAGGGCGCCCCAGAGACCAGAAGCAGCUUAGAGCUGGACACGGAGCUGAGCUGGCUUUCGGGAGACCUCCUGACGGGGGGCAGCCAGGAGGCGCCGCUGUCCCCACGGGACCUGAAGAAGUGUUACAGUGUGGAGGCCCAGGACGGCCGGCGCAGGCCCUCCUCCUGGCUGGACGAGCAGAGGAGGCACUCCAUUGCUGUCAGCUGCCUGGACAGCGCCUCCCAGCCCAGCCUGGGGCCCGACCCCUCUAGCCUUGGUGGUCAGCCUCUUGGGGGGCCUGGAAGCCGGCCCAAGAAAAAACUCAGCCCACCUAGUAUCUCCAUAGACCCCCCAGAGAGUCAGGGCCCUCGGCCCCCAUCUAGCCCAGGCGUCUGCCUCCGGCGGAGGGCUCCGGCCAGUGACUCCAAGGAUCCCUCGGCGUCCGGCCCCCCUGACAGCAUGGCUGCCUCGCCCCCCCCAAAGAAAGACGUGCUGAGUCUCUCCGGUUUAGCCUCUGACCCAGCAGACCUGGACCCCUGAGUCCUGCCCUACUACCCCCUUCACCUUUCUCCACCGGGUGCCAAAUCCUAGCUCCUCCUCCUGGGCUAUGUUCCUGAAAAAAUGUUCUAUAUGGACUCCAAGGAGGAGCUCCUUCCUGCCUCAGUGGCGCUGGGAACUGGCGAGCAGAAUUUCCAGAGCGUUGAAAGCAGCAGCCCUGGCCAGCCUGGCUCAGGGCAGAGAGAGGAGAAAAAGACAGAGAGAGAAAGGCCCAGUGCAGCUGAGGUUCCCAACACCAGGAGCUACUGGGAGAAAGCAAUACGUUUGUGCAGAAUCUCUAUGUAUAUUCUAUUUUAUUAAAUUAAUUGAAUCUAGUAUAUGCGAGAUGUACGACA